GAGUGUGAAACAAAGCCGAUCGGGACGUUGUGCUUCGCGAGCCUCCGUCCCCCGGCGUUCGUGUCGCGCACCCUGCUGGGAGUUGUAGUCCCGGCCCGGGGGUGCCUGGGAGGCGGGAGAGGGCUUGGGGUUUCUCGGCGCCGAUUCCGCGGGAAGGGCCGCGGGGCCUUCCGCUUCGGGCGGCGCAGCUGCAGGUCUUACCGGAGGGGCGCCGCACGUGGAGCCCGCGGCGCAGCCGUUCUCAGCCUGCGCUGGAGCGGGGCGAGCGCGACGGGGCCGACUCCGGAGCGGGACUGAGCCCUUGAAAUAUUUCAACCAUGACUAAAAGAGAAGCAGAAGAGUUGAUAGAAAUUGAGAUUGAUGGGACUGAGAAACCAGAGUGCACAGAAGAAAGCAUUGUAGAACAAACCUACACCCCAGCUGAAUGUGUAAGCCAGGCCAUAGACAUCAAUGAACCAAUUGGCAAUUUGAAAAAACUGCUGGAACCAAGACUACAGUGUUCUUUGGAUGCUCAUGAAAUUUGCCUGCAAGAUAUCCAGCUGGAUCCAGAAAGAAGUUUAUUUGACCAAGGAGUAAAGACAGAUGGAACUGUACAACUUAGUGUACAGGUAAUUUCUUACCAAGGGAUUGAGCCAAAGCUAAACAUUCUGGAAAUUGUGAAAACCGCGGAAACUGUUGAAGUCGUUAUUGACCCGGAUGCCCAUCAUGCUGAAGCAGAAGCACAUCUUGUGGAAGAAGCUCAAGUGAUAACUCUCGAUGGCACAAAGCACAUUACAACCAUCUCAGAUGAGACCUCAGAGCAAGUGACAAGAUGGGCAGCCGCGCUAGAAGGUUACAGGAAAGAACAAGAACGCCUCGGGAUACCCUAUGAUCCCAUACAGUGGUCCACAGACCAAGUGCUGCACUGGGUGGUUUGGGUAAUGAAGGAGUUCAGCAUGACUGACAUAGACCUCACUACGCUCAACAUUUCGGGAAGAGAAUUAUGUAGCCUUAACCAAGAAGACUUUUUUCAACGGGUGCCUCGGGGAGAAAUUCUCUGGAGUCAUCUGGAGCUUCUUCGAAAAUAUGUGUUGGCAAGCCAAGAGCAACAAAUGAAUGAGAUAGUUACAAUCGAUCAGCCUGUGCAGAUUAUUCCAGCAUCAGUGCAGUCUACCACGCCAACUACCAUUAAAGUUAUAAAUAGCAGUGCAAAGGCAGCUAAAGUACAGAGAGCUCCAAGGAUUUCAGGAGAAGAUAGAAGCUCACCUGGGAACAGAACAGGAAACAAUGGCCAAAUCCAACUAUGGCAGUUUUUGUUAGAACUUCUUACUGACAAGGAUGCUCGAGACUGUAUUUCUUGGGUUGGUGAUGAAGGCGAGUUUAAGCUAAAUCAGCCUGAACUGGUUGCACAAAAAUGGGGACAACGCAAAAAUAAGCCUACAAUGAACUAUGAGAAGCUCAGUCGUGCGUUAAGGUAUUAUUAUGAUGGGGAUAUGAUUUGUAAAGUUCAAGGCAAGAGAUUUGUAUACAAGUUUGUCUGUGACUUGAAAACUCUUAUUGGAUACAGUGCUGCAGAACUGAACCGCUUGAAAUUAUUUGAAGACAAUGAACAAGCUUUUUUUCUUUCUUCUUCUCUGGAAAUGAAGAGCUUCAGACUACAUAAGAGUACUGACCAAAACCUGAAGUUGACAGGUGAGAAAAAAAAUGUGGUAGAGGCGAUGAUGCUCCUGGUUCCCGACGUAGGUCUUGGAAGAAGCAACAACUUCUAUAUUCAGUUGGAAACGAACCACCAAGUACAGAUACUUGUCAAAGAAAAUCUUACACCAGAAACUAAAGGGCUUCAGUUUACAGCCAACACAAGUCUGAACAAAGCUUUCCUGGUUGUUCUUAUUCCUGCCAAGCUCUGA